AUGAAACGUUUGAAGCAGCAGCUCUACUCAGAUCAUAUACCAGUUGAUCUACUUAUCGAAAUAUUCUCUCGACUCCCUAGAAAGUCUAUAGAUAGGAUUCAUUGCAUAUCGAAAUCCUUGGGGUACAUACUCCGUCGUCCUGAUUUCACAGAGCUGUUUCUGACCAAGUCGUCCACUCGUCCACGCCUCCUUUUAACCGUGAAAGCUGAUGGCAAUUUAUUAUUCUACUCUUCACCUCAGCCUCAAAAUCCAGAUGAUAACUCUACUCUUGUAGCCACACGUUAUCAUACGUCUUUUCCAGAAUCCUUUUCAUCUUCUUACUGUUGUUCUACGGUCUGUGGAUUGGCCCUCCUUUACGAAGUUGGAAAAAGAAACGUGAGGGUGAUUUGUAACCCUAUCACGGGAGAGUUCCUAACCUUACCCACGGUGCUUCGAAAAGACAAAACCUUAGCCCAAGUGAAAGCUAAGGGUUUCAAGAAAGCGAAAGCUGCGGUUUCAGGAACCUGUCUUGGCGGCUAUGAUCCGAUCAGCAAACAGUUAAAAGAAUUGUGUGUGAUCUCUUCACGUGGUGGAGGACCCAAUACUCAUCAGGUUUUGACAUUGGAGUCUGGAAAACCUUUGUGGAGAAGGAUCGAAUGCGAGUUUCAUUUUAAGGCGAGAUGUAUGUCUGAUCACAUAUGCAUAAAUGGUGUUUUGUAUUUCAGGGCUAAGUUGGGAAAAUCUUCUGUGGUAGUUUUUUUCAAUGUUAUGUCUGAGAAAUUCGGCUUUAUUAACUUCGAUAAAGACGUGAGAGGAGAGGAUGAUGAUGGUUAUGAUCGAGAUGAUGGUCGUUUGGCUUUGUUCAACUACAAAGGUAAAUUAGGUUUACGUGAGGGACCAGCUUAUGGGAGUACAAAACAUGAACUUGUGUUGUGGGUGCUAGAAGAUGCUGCAAAUCACAAAUGGUCCAAGCUGACUUACGAAUUGCCUCGUUUUCUCAGAAGUGAACAAUUUGUUGGAAUGAGUACUGGUACAGGUGACAUCUUGUUCCUGCCGUUCCCGUGCUUCCAAUCAAAGAUUGACUGUCUUUACUUCUACAAUCUCCAGAGGAAAACGGUUGCAAGAGUCAAUAUUCAGGGAUUUGAAGAUUUAAUUUUUUGUAGUUUUUUUGACAUCUUUCUAGACUACGUGGAAAAUUUCCAGUUUAAGUAG